GGUAUGAGUAGUGUUUGAAUGAACGUGUUCUGGAAAAAUAUUUAAAAUUUAGUGAUCAGUGUAUAGUUGACUAAUAUAAUUGUGUAUUAAUGAAAUUCGUUUUUUACUCGCGUAUUUAUCUAUGACGUCUUAAUGAAGAUGAACGUUGCACAAAAGCUCAAUUUUGAUGCUUAUGAUAUUGAAGACGAAGAACUCAACAUCAGCUGUCGUACAAAUAGUUCAGGAUGCGACGUAGAGGAUCCCCUUGAUUCAUCAGCAGAAGAUUUUUCACCAUCACCACAGCGAAGAAAGUUAUCAUUUAGCAAUGUCAUGGAUUGCAGUGAUAGUGAAAUUAGCCCAUCCGACAGUAUCGAGAAAACUCCGGCCAUCGUUGUGACAGGCCCUAGGAAUCCUCUUAGAGACAGUGGACCACAGUCGAGAAUUUCAAUGGCUUGCAGUCCACCUUAUAAGAGAGUCAGAGCCUUAAGGCUAUUUGAUUCUCCAACAACUCCUAAAACUUUAAUAGAAAAAAGUGCUAUGCACACACCUGUUCCCUCUAAAUGCUCAAGACUUUUCCCCUUAGAUAAACCAAGAUCUGUAGCAUGUUUUUCAAGUCAAAAAUCCGAUAGACCCGCAGCCAAUGUUAAUCCAUUUACUCCCAAUGGAAUGUUACUCACUGCCAGGAAACGGAGUAGGUCGAAGCGAAGUCUUGAUGGAUCCCCUGAUAUUCGAAUACCAAAGUAUGAUCUAGGAGAUUCAGAAGAAUCGGACAAUGAAGUAGAACAUCCAACAAAACGCGUUGCGUUACAGGAAUCAAACAUACCAAGGUAUCAUCAAGAAUUUCAUGAAGUAGGACUCAUUGGUACAGGAGAAUUUGGCUCUGUGUACAAAUGCAUAAAUAGACUGGAUGGUUGUACCUAUGCUAUAAAAAAGAGCAUAAAACCAGUAGCCGGAAGUGCGAAUGAAAAGAAUGCAUUGAAUGAAGUUUAUGCUCAUGCAGUUCUUGGGAAACAUCAGCAUGUUGUGCGCUAUUAUUCAGCAUGGGCGGAAGACAAUCACAUGAUAAUACAAAAUGAGUAUUGUAAUGGAGGAAGCUUGGCAGAUGCUAUCAUAAACCUCGAAAAAGAAAAAAGAACAUUUUCUGAAGCAGAAUUAAGACAAUUACUUCUUCACGUUGCCGAAGGUUUACGGUAUAUUCAUAGUAUGCAGUUGGUUCACAUGGACAUUAAACCUGGAAAUAUUUUUAUUUCUAAAGAAAAACGACUUCAUGCUGUAAAUUAUGACUCCGCAGACGAUGGUUUUGACGAAGAAGAAACUGUUGAAGAAGAAAUUACCUACAAAAUUGGUGACCUUGGUCAUGUAACAUCUAUUACAAACCCACAAGUUGAAGAAGGCGACUGUAGAUAUCUACCGACAGAAAUUUUACAUGAAGACUUCACACAUCUCACCAAAGCUGACAUCUUUGCGUUAGGUUUAACAGUUUAUGAAGCUGGUGGCGGUGGUCCAUUGCCAUUAAAUGGACCUGACUGGCAUGAAAUCAGAAAAGGAAACCUCAAAGAACUACCUCAAUAUAGUCGUGAUCUCAAUGAUUUAUUAAAGCUUAUGAUUCAUCCAAACCCCGAAACAAGACCAUCAGCAGUGUCCUUAAUUCAACAUCGAGUUUUAUGUCCUUUUGGAAAUAAAACCAAAGCCCAACUUCGUCGAGAGUUGAAUGCAGAAAAACUCAAAAAUGAGAUUUUAUCGAAGCAACUUCAGGAAGCGGCUAAAUGUAUUAAGACAAUGGCUCCCAAUGUCACGGCUAUCAAUAAUUCUCUUAGUAAUUCCGGUGGUUACAGAUUGAGACCGACUCCAAAUCGAACAUCAUCACGGGUCAUAGGAAAAAAAGUUAAUCGUAGUAGUAGCACAACAAAUUUUUAGAGUCGUGUUUCGAGUCAUGCUCGGGAUGAGGUGAUAAAAUAAGGCAUUGUGCCUUCUAUAAUGUGAUAUCCUAUUAAUUUUAAUUAUUAAGUUAAAAUAUAGUAGUAAAUGAAAAAAUUGGCGAAAUCAAAUUUAAAGAAGUAGGAAUGUAUGCAGAGUAAAAUGUUUAAGCUGUGAAUAGAAAAAAAAAAUUAUAGGAAUAAGUCGUUCGUUUACAACAAUUAAUUUUUCUUAUAAAAACAAAAAAAAUAAUAAUAUUAAGAAACAAUUAAAUUCUUAAGUUCAAUUGAAUUUUUUUUUAUCGUUUAUUAGUUUUAUUGAAAUACGUUUUCAUGAUUUUAUUUAGCAUGAAACAAUAUCAUCAUGUUUGCUAUUAAUUUAUUGGUUUUAAAUUCAAUAGAUUAUUCGUGAUCGGAGUAUUUUUACAUUUUGUUUUGCACGUUUAGAGAAAAAUCGAACUUAUCACUGAUUUACUUUUCAAUCAUUAAAAUAAUAAUCAAUAAAUAUAAUUAAUUGUAAAGAAAUCUUUAUAAGUAAUAGUAUGAAAAGUUUUGGAAUAUUUUUUCAUUCGUUUGAGUUUUGACGACCAACAAUCAUUUUAUAUUA